ACUUUUACUAGCAGCUCAAGGUGACGACAAAAAGCUGCUGAUGCAUGAAAACCAAUCGGGUAGUUAAGACUUGGAGAAUUCGUUACUUCAACUACCAUUCAAAACACACAAAGGAAAGGACGAAGAAGGGUUAGUUGUGCUUUAAUAUAUUUUUUGUUUUCUUUUUUAAUGGAAAAAGAAGAAGAAAAAGCUGCUUCUUUAGAAGCACCAAAGCCAAAGGACCCAAACCCAUCUGUGGCGGAGAUAGAGAUGGCCAGAAACUCAGUCUCAUGGGAUCCUGCAAAGCCGUCAUGGUUCACUCCAAAGAGGCUGCUGGCUAUUUUCUGUGUGAUCAACAUGUUGAAUUAUAUGGAUCGAGGAGCAAUUGCGAGCAAUGGCGUGAAUGGGAGCCGCAGAACUUGCACAGAUGGCACAUGCACAUCUGGUAGCGGAAUACAGGGGGAUUUUAACUUAAGCAAUUUUGAAGAUGGUGUUCUAUCAUCUGCCUUCACGGUUGGACUGCUGGUGGCUUCUCCAAUAUUUGCAUCAUUGGCAAAGAGUUUAAAUCCGUUUAGGCUUAUUGGAGUUGGAUUGUCAGUUUGGACUGUAGCUGUAAUAGGUUGUGGUUUUUCAAGGGAUUUCUGGUCCAUUACAAUCUGCCGCAUGCUAGUUGGUGUAGGGGAGGCUUCAUUUAUUAGUCUUGCAGCCCCAUUUAUUGAUGAUAAUGCUCCAGUUUCCCAGAAAACGGCAUGGCUUGGAAUAUUUUACAUGUGUAUACCAACUGGUUAUGCAAUCGGCUACGUGUAUGGUGGCUUGGUGGGUGACCAUUUUAGUUGGCGUUAUGCAUUCUUCGGGGAGGCAAUACUGAUGUUUCCAUUUGUUGUCCUGGGUUUUGUUAUGAAGCCUUUGCAGUUGAAAGGUUUCGCUCACACAGAAUCAAAGAAAGCACUAACAGAUAUAGAGACAGUUCUUCCUGAAGGCCAAGAUGUAGAGGUUACUACUGAUAAAAGUCAUGCGUCCAUGAAGGAAGAGAUAGAUAACAAAAACUCAAACAAAUCUUCCAAGUCAAAAGAUAGUAAUAUCCUCAAAGACGUGAAAGUUCUUUUAGUUGAUAAAGUCUAUAUCAUUAAUGUUCUAGGUUAUAUAGCAUACACUUUUGUCAUAGGUGCAUACUCGUAUUGGGGACCAAAGGCUGGUCGUAGCAUUUAUAACAUGAGUGAUGCAGAUAUGAUCUUUGGUGGAAUUACUGUUGUCUGUGGCAUAUUGGGCACAAUAGCAGGAGGUUAUAUUCUGGACUAUAUGAAUUCGACAAUCUCUAAUGCUUUUAAGCUUCUCUCAGUGGCAACAUUUUUUGGAACAAUAUUUUGCUUUGUUGCCUUUUGUAAUAAGAGCUUGUAUGCUUUCCAUGCUCUUUUCUCAGUUGGUGAACUACUAGUAUUUGCCAUUCAGGGUCCUGUAAAUUAUAUAAGUCUCCAUUGUGUUAAACCAAGCUUGAGACCACUAUCUAUGGCUGUCUCUACUGUUUCAAUUCACGUCUUUGGAGAUGUUCCUUCCUCGCCACUUGUUGGGGUUCUUCAGGACCAUGUUAACAAUUGGAGGGAGACUGCUCUUAUUCUGACGGCCAUAUUAUUUGCAGCAGCAUUGAUGUGGUUUAUAGGAAUAUUUUUGCCCAGUGUGGAUAGAUUCAAUGAAGAAAGUGAGCAUCAAGUGACCAGGAUUGAAAGAUCAAACACAACACCUUUACUUGAAGAGAGAAAAGAAGAAACAACAGAAACUUCUGCACAAUCAUAACAAAGUUUUAACAGUGUUCUGAAGGAAUGUAUGUUGGAUGAUUUCAUUUUUUAAUGUAAAUAAUAACUCUCAAGUUUGGGCGGAAUAUGUAUAUAUUUUUCAUAGUUAUGAUAAAGGAACAAUGUAGUCCCACUUUUGGCAAUUCAUGAACUGGUGCAUGCACAAUUAUCUGA